AUUGGCAUUCACAUUUGAAACUAAGCCAGCCAACUCACACUCUUUGGUUUUUUUUGUUCAGGAAACCCAGAAGCACAAGCACCGAUACUUAUUUCUGUCUUGAUAAUUUCUGGGUUUAUAGAGAAUUGAAGUCAUGGAGGAGGGAAAGAUGGAUGAUUUGAUCAGUAGCUUACCCUUUGAAAUACAGAAAAGAGUUGCUUCCUUGCUGCCAUUGAAGGAAGCAGUAAGAACAACCAGUCUUUCUACAUUUUGGAGAAGCCUCUGGUCUCCGAUUCAGCUAAGCUUGGAUUUUGAUCCAAACCCACUAAACCAUGAAGAGGCUGGUCAAGAUAUCGAACAGGUUAUGGGCAUGUUCUUGAGGUCUUUUGCUUGUCCGGAGAAAUUGGAGCUCAAUCUCAAAGUACCUAUUAACAAUAGAAAUGAAGAAUUGGUUGUCAAAGCUACCAAGGGGGUUAAGCAAGAGCUUCAUGUUGAGUUCUCUGAAACCCAGAAUGUUCCAGCAAAAACUUGUUUGUGCCUUCACAGCACUCCUACCCAAAGAGCUAGUUUCUUUGGGGUCAAGCUUCUUCACCUCAGAUCAGUCACCAAUCUUUCCAAGCCUUUGGUUUCUAUGAUGUUUUCAAAUUGUAAUGUUCUUGAAAGUUUGAGUCUUGAGAAAUGUAGAGGGUUGGAGAGCCUUGAAGUAGAGACCUUGAGUCUUCAGAGCUUGGUGGUGGAAGACUGUUCAAACAUGGCUGCUAUUAUGGUUUCUGCUCCAAAUCUAAUAUCUUUCGAGUAUCAUGGUGCUCUUCUUCAGAUUGAGAUAAAGAAAACAGUGACCCUGGUUGAUGUUGUGCUCGAUUUGAGAGACGGACCAGGAAGAAAUGAGUUUGAUUGUGAGGAUGUCUUGCCCAUCCUAGCUUCUUUCAAGGAUGUUGAGGUUCUCACCAUAAGUGGCUGGCUUCUUGAGUGGUUGUGUUCGGCGGGAGUGAUUUUUGGAAAGCUUGAGUUCAAUUUCAACAGACUGAAGGAGUUAAGUUGCAUUGAUUUUGUUAUCAGCAAGGACAAAAGGGAUUCUCUUGCCUGCUUCCUAAACUCAUGUCCUUCCUUAGUGAAGUUGUCCGUCGAGAUUGAGAGCAAGCUGAACAUCAUCCCAUGUCCGUGCUUCCAUCAAUACUGGCAUGAACCUCACCUCUGGAUGGACUUCACGACCGUAAGGUCGAAUACUUCGAAUCUUGAGCAGCUCGAAAGUGUCAAUCUGGUUGGCUUCGUCGGCAAAGAAGACGAAUUGCUUCUAAUGGAUCUCUUUCUUGAAAAGGCAACGAGGCUCAACUCGUUGAUUCUUGUGUAACCAACAUUUCUCUGUAAAUCAUGGCAUGGCAUGUAAAGAAUCCCCCGAGUUAUCAUUUUCCUCUGGUAGAAGAGACACCUUCGUGAAUAUAAAUUUGUAGAUUACAAGUCUCACUCCGCAAUUUAAAGUGCU